UUCCGUUAUUCUUUCAAUACGCAUGUGCGCUUGGAUCGAGUAGGAUAGCGAUCAAGCGAAGCUCAAAGUGGAGGACCGUCUAUCCUACAAUCCUUUGCAACCGGCUACCAUGGCUGCCUCCUCUCAAUGAGCGCUGUGAAAUUGCAAACAAGCCAAUGUAUCAUUACUUUAAGAAUACAUUUGUUUAAUCAUCAGAUAUCAGAUUAAUCAUGAGCACUCAAUAUAGCAUACUUUUCAAGCAAGAACAUGCACAUGAUGAUGCUAUUUGGACUGCAGCAUGGGGGAAGAAUGAAAGAGAUGGUUCAGAAACAGUCAUAACAGGGUCACUGGAUGAUCUGGUUAAAGUAUGGAAGUGGACAGACGAGAAGCUUGAAUUACACUGGACACUAGAAGGUCAUCAGCUUGGUGUGGUUUCUGUAGAUAUAAGUCAUAAUGGUAGCAUUGCAGCAUCUAGUUCUUUAGAUGCUCAUAUUCGCCUCUGGGAUUUGGAUUCUGGUAAACAGAUAAAAUCAAUGGAUGCAGGUCCAGUGGAUGCCUGGACUGUGGCCUUUUCACCGGAUUCCAAGUAUGUGGCAACAGGAAGUCAUUUAGGAAAAGUCAAUAUCUUUGGUGUAGAAAGUGGGAAGAAAGAGUUUUCUUUGGACACAAGAGGAAAAUUUAUCCUGAGUAUAGCCUAUAGUCCAGAUGGGAAAUAUUUGGCUAGUGGCGCAAUAGAUGGCAUUAUCAACAUUUUUGAUAUUGCUACGGGAAAACUUCUUCACACUUUGGAGGGUCAUGCCAUGCCAAUCAGAUCUUUGACAUUUUCACCAGAUUCCCAACUUUUAGUCACUGCAUCCGAUGACGGAUAUAUUAAGAUUUAUGAUGUGCAGCAUGCUAACCUUGCUGGUACCUUGAGUGGUCAUGGAUCUUGGGUUCUAAAUGUUUCUUUUUGUCCAGAUGAUGCGCACUUUGUUUCGAGCUCAUCUGAUAAGAGUGUCAAAGUUUGGGAUGUUAGUUCAAGAACUUGUGUGCACACAUUCUUUGACCAUCAGGAUCAGGUUUGGAGUGUUAAGUACAGUGGCAAUGGUUCAAAGAUCGUGUCUGCAGGAGAUGAUCGAGCAAUCCAUAUUUAUGACUGUCCUCUGUAGCUGUGGCCAGGAAACUCUCGGAUUUUAAGCAGUUUUGAAAUUGCCAUUGACACAAAAUCCAAAGUCAGUAAUCAUGUUUCUAUGUGGGACCCUGUUAUACUAAACAGUUUGUAUGACUCUAAUCCAUCAUUUUUUUUUUUUUUUAAGAAACAUUUUUGUAAAUAUAUAUUAAAACCAGUUGCUUUAGAUACAUAUUUUUGGGUUCAUUUCAAAUUAAAAACAAACAUUGAAAAAACUACUUCAAAAAUAAAUUCAUUUUUAAGUUUC